AUGGGGCCCUGCCUGGUGCUGCUGGCGGUGCUGCUGGCCGCGCUGCGUUCACGAUUCUGCCUUUCUCUGCUCUUCUGCACACCCAAGGGCUCGCUGUCCUACGUCCUCGCGAUAGAGGGGAGGCCGUACACCAUUCACCUCCAGCAGCAGUUCUUUUUACCUGAUGAUUUCAGGAUUUACACAUACAAUGAGAAGGGAUCUUUGUACUAUGAUUCGCCCCAGAUCAAGGGCGACUGCUACUACCGCGGGCACAUCGAGGGCAUCCCCGGCUCGGCGGUGACUCUCAGCACCUGCUCCGGGCUCAGGGGCUUGCUGCAGUUUGAGAACGCCAGCUAUGGGAUCGAGCCUCUGGUUAAUUCACCCGCCUUCGAGCAUUUCAUUUAUCAAAUGAGCAACGAGAGCAUGACAGAUUUCCUCUUGGCAAAGAGCCGCACUGAGAGUGGGGCCAGGCCGGCAGUGCAGGAGGUCUCCUACAAAGCGCACACAGCUCUCGAAUUACUGUCAAAGCACCACAGAGAGUUGGCACUCCAUUUAAUUUUGGAAAGGAAUUUGUAUAACUACCUGGGUGCAGACAAAUACGUGGUAACGCAGAAGAUAGUUCAGAUCAUCAGCUCUGUCAGCAGUAUGUUCAGUUCUCUUAACAUGACCAUUACCCUGUCCUCCAUGGAGGUCUGGAUGGACAAGAAUAAAUUUCAGACCGGGCUGAAUGGAGAAGAAGUGUUGAUGCAGUUGCUGAAGUGGAAGAUGACCAGCGCUGCUCUGCGGCCCUACGAAGUGCCCUAUCUACUGCUGUACCGGGACCAAGCUUCCUACGUGGGUGCGACCGUUCCAGACAAGGCGUGUCAGAGGGAUACUGCGGGUGCAGUGGCCGUGGUACGAGGCCUGCGGCCGGGACCGAGCUGGCACCGUGGCCCUGGGGUGGCACCGGGGCCGGGUGCCUGCGGGGCAGCUCCACCACCAGUGCCUGGCUCUGCCCCCCAGUACCAGCGCGGCGUGACCCUGGAGUCGUUCUCCGUCCUCCUGGCCCAGAUGCUGGCCCGCAGCUUGGGCAUGAGCUACGACAACAACAGGGGCUGCCGCUGCCCCAGGCACAUCUGUGUGAUGAACUCGGAGGCGCUACGUGUCAGUGGGGCAAAAUCCUUUAGCAGCUGCAGCGCUGAAGACUUUGAGAACUUCCUCAAGCAGAAUCCAGAGUGCCCUUUCAUCAGGGUUGUCCAGAGGGGCCCGCUCUCCAGAGCAGCCAUCUGCGGCAACGGCAUGGUGGAGCACGGCGAGCAGUGCGACUGCGGCUCCACGGCGGCAUGUGCGGUGGACAAAUGCUGCACUUCCCAGUGCAAGCUCAAACCAGGCGUGAAGUGUUCCUCAGGACAGUGCUGUGAAAAUUGCCAGUUUAAAGCAAAAAACUCGCUGUGCCGCCCUCCCGCCGACGUGCAGUGCGAUCUGCCCGAGUACUGCAACGGGUCCUCCGCGUCCUGCCCCCCCGAUUUCUACGUGCAGGAUGGGCACGACUGCGAGCACGGCACCGGGUACUGCUACAAGGGACGCUGCCAGUCUGCUGACCUGCAGUGCCAGAGGCUCUACGGGACAGGUGCCAAAAAUGCUCCUUUGGCUUGUUACGAAGAAGUCAACAGCCAGCAGGAUAGGUUUGGACACUGUGGUAAUCACCCGAAGGAUGGGUACCAGCCCUGCUCUUGGCUGAAUCUGGGAUGUGGAAAGCUAGUAUGUACAUACCCGAAUCAUAUUCCCUUCACAAAAAUUAAGGGUGCCAUCAUUUAUGCUCAAGUGCAAGAACAUCUGUGCGUGUCUUUUGAUUUUAUGCGUGGACCAACAGUGCCAGAUCCUCUCCUGGUUAAAGAUGGUACAAAAUGUGGUCCUAGAAAGGUUUGUGUGAAUGGCACGUGCCACCCACAUUCAGUCCUGAAGUAUGACUGCAAUGUGAAGACUAAAUGCCAUGGGCAUGGAGUGUGCAAUAACAAAAAGAACUGCCACUGCAGCCCGGGCUGGAACCCGCCCCAGUGCAAGACUCGGGGAUCUUUAAUAGGCGGCAGCAUCAACAGCGGGCAGCAGCUGCGGGGCCGUGGUGAUACUGUCACAAAAAGCUUUCCUAAGGGCUUGCUGAAAAAUCGGCUGCUGCUGGUCCUCUGCAUUCUCAUCCCCAUCCUUAUUUGCUGCAUCAUCCUGAUUAAGAGGUGGACCCAGCUGAUGAGACACUGUGCGAGGAACAGAUCGCAAAGUGAUGUGUCGGAGGCCGGCAGCCUGCCCAGCUGGGAGAGCUCGACCACCGAGGAGAGCGGCAGCGAAGCGGGGCCGGAGCCGGAGCCGGGGCCGGAUCCUCCCUCGGAGCGGGGGCCGUGCGGGGGCGGGCGCCGCGGGCAAUAA